AUUGGCUGCCUCUGUGAGUUCAAGGGUUAGCUUAUUUGGUAAGUUGUUACAUACUGGACAGAGGUGUAUUAUCUGUUAUUUGUUUUAACAGCUGUUGCUCUUUUAGCCCAACGAAUCACAACAGUAGUGCGCAAAUAUUUUGUCGCCAGUUUAUUCAACCGGUUUCGUAUCCUCUGUGCUUUGAGCGGCGACACGAGCUGGACAUGCUAAUGUUUGCUAAGUAGCUGCCUAGCUUGCCGAGAACUGUUAUGAAUGUCACAUACUGUACUGUGAACUGACCUCGCGGGCAUUGCCAGCCGGAACCAUGGCAUCAUCCAGGCUCUUGUGCUCUUUUAACACGAAAGCAGCCGGCUCGAUCAAAGCGUUAGCCGGGGGCACAGUGUGCUACCGAAGAAAUGUUUGCAGUUCACCUUCAAGGCUGCAGAGCUGCAUGUCAGCCUGGGUCAUCGAUCAGUAUGGCACUAAUGGGGUUUUGAGGUAUACAGAAGAAAGCGCAGCCCCUGUUAUUCAUUCUGCCAGAGAGGUGAUGAUUAAAGUCAAUGCGGCUAGUCUUAAUCCACUUGAUGUUUCCAUGAGGGCCGGCUAUGGAGCAAAACUGCUUAAGCUGAGAAGAGAUCCAUUAUCUAUGGAGAGUGACAGUGAGUUUCCUCUCAUCCUGGGUCGUGAUGUGUCUGGUGUAGUGGUGGACUGUGGAUCACAGGUUACCCACUUUGCACCAGGGGACGAGGUGUGGGCUGCCGUUCCCCCGUGGAAACAAGGUAGUCUGGCUGAAUUUGUGAAGCUAACAGAGUACGAGGUCUCCCAUAAGCCAAAAUCCCUGAGUCACACAGAGGCGGCGUCCAUCCCUUACGUGGCCAACACCGCUCUGUCAGCACUUGUCAAUGCCGGUGGUCUUUGCAGAGACAGCUCUUCAAAUAAAAGAGUUUUGAUCACUGGAGGAUCCGGAGGUGUCGGAACAUUCUCUAUUCAGCUGUUGAAGGCCUGGGGCGCCCACGUGACCGUUACCUGCUCCCACAACGCCGAAGGCCUCGUCCGGGGGCUGGGGGCGGACGAGGUGGUGGACUACACAGCGGGAGACGCGGCCGAACAGCUUCAAACGAUGGAGAAGUUUGAUGUCAUUCUGGACAACGUGGGCGGAGAGACGGAGCAGUGGGCGAUGGACCUGCUGAAGCCCUGGUCCGGGGCGAAGUACGUCACGCUGGUGACACCUUUGCUCCUCAACACCGACUCCAUGGGCCUCGUAGACGGCGCUUUGCAGGCCGGCGUCACUCUGCACAACAAGGCCUUUCAGAACAUAAUAUCCGGUGGAGUCUUCUACAGGUGGGGAUUUUACACUCCGGAUGGCCCCGCCCUGGAUGAGGUCAGCAGGCUCGUGGAUGCGGGGAAGAUCCUGCCAGUCGUUGAGGCGCAGUUUCCGUUCACCCAGGUGCCUCAGGCUUUCCAGAAGCUGGAGCAGGGCCACGCCAGAGGGAAGACGGUAGUCAGGGUGGCUGAGGAGGAGGAGGACGACGGACGUGGAGAGGAGUCGGCGCAGGAGGUGCGAGAAACGGCCGAGCUCAACUGAAGAGGGGGAGAGCAACCGUCACGACUGCCUCUCGCCUUUACAAGGCUACGCUUGACAGCAUCGCAGCAGACUGUUUUAUCCAAAGGGUUAUGCAGCCAACUACGGGCAUCGUUUGGACUUGUACUAGUAGCAUGCCAAAGGUGGUUGUUCUUGUUAAAACUUAUGCUGCACUCGUGUCAUGCCGAAGAUGUUGAAAUUGCAGACUGCUGAGGGAUUAACCAUGAAGCGUUCAGGUUAUCGGCUAGCGGGCAGCAGUUACUUUGGGGAAACGUGUUUAUUUAUAAGUUUUGGCUUCCUUUUCUAUUCGUCCAGUCUCCCUUCAGAAAGCGAAGACGCUCCAAAUUGUUACAGUGUCUUCCUCAACCAAGUACGGCUCAGUCGACUGUGCUGCGCAAUGUGUACUUAAGACAUCCACUGACAAAAAAUAAUUUUAUUAUUCAGAAAACAAAGCCUUUUCUGUGUUGUAUAGUUUGGAUUAAACGAAAAUAAAAGACACAAGCGAUGCAGUA